UCCACUAUCACGUACCAGUUUAUCAUCUAUAUCAUUCUUGGAUUGCAAACUAUACAUAGCUGUUAGCAAAACCGCGUGUUUAAUUACAGUCAGAGAAAUCCAGAGUUUUCUUAUUUUCCUCCCUUGGUGACAGAUAUUUGUUAUUGUCAAUACCCCCAUUUCCUGGUGGUAACGGACAAACUAUGUAAGCAAAUAGAGGGCUGCGCUCAAGAUAAUAAAUAUUAGAAUAAAAGAAGCGCUUUUAUUUUCCAUAUGACAAAAUGUCGGUGGCGUUUUCAUCGGCGCGCCCCAGGAGUAAAGGGGAUGUGACACAGCAAACGAUUCAAAAGAUGCUGGAUGAAAACCAUCAUUUAAUACAAUGCAUAAUGGAUUACCAAAGCAAAGGCAAGACAGCUGAAUGCACACAGUAUCAGCAGAUCCUGCACAGAAAUCUGGUUUAUUUGGCCACAAUAGCAGAUUCAAAUCAGAACAUGCAGACACUACUACCUGCACCACCCACUACCAAUAUGUCCUUGGUCUCUGGAGGGAUGGGCCAAAGUGUGGGACAAUCUCCAAGCAACCUCAAUGACAACAUGGCACCAGGACUUCCCCCCACAUCAAUGAUGCAGAGUCAAAUGAGCAAUGGCCCGAGCCAUGCCCCCAUGCAGCAGUCUGGUCAGGCACUGUCGGCUAUUCCCUCCGCAUCCCUCAGCCUGCCAGCCAGCAGCUACGGCAGCUCAGCCUCAGCUUCCGGUUACAGCCACUCUGCGCCCUCUUCCCAGGGCAGCAUGAUCCAGGGUCCUGGGUCUGGUUAUGGCUCUUCUUCCUCUUCUCCCUCCACACCCUCAUCCUCCUCUCCCUCCUCCCGCAGCAACCUCAACAUGCAGUCUAACCAAGUCUCCAUGAUGCACCAACAGUCUGCCACUCCACACUACACCUCAGCCCAGGCUGGGGGCCAACACUAUCAGGGACAGCAGGCCAUGGGUAUGAUGUCUCAGAGACCAAUGGGAUCCUACCGUUCUUCCCAGCAAGGACCUGCACGGCAGUACAUGGGACAAGACAAGUUCUACGGAGAGCAGUAUGGACACACUCAGAGCUCCAGCGAGCCCAUAAACCGGCAAUAUUACCCCGAUGGUCAUGGGGAGUACUCGUAUCAACAGUCUUCCUAUGGGGAGCAAGGCUACGACAGAUCCUUUGAUGAAUCUUCACAGCAUUACUAUGAAGGAGCUAACUCUCAAUACAGUCAACAGCAGGCUCAGUAUCAGCAGGGCUCUGGUCAGCAGCAGGCGUACAGCCAGCAGCAGUACUCCUCUCAACAAGGCUACAGCGGACAGCCACAGGGAUACGGUUCUGGCCAAGGUGGAUCCUCCCAAUAUUCUCAGUAUCAGCAGGGUCAAAGCCAACAGUACAGCUCCUAUCGCUCCUCCCAAGGAGGCCCUGGAGCCCAGGCGCAGAGGCCCUAUACUUACGAACAGGGUCAGUAUGGAAAUUAUCAGCAAUAAAGGUUCCAGCUUGUUUUUCUGUUAAAAGAGAGUGAAAACAGGAACGGGUCUACAGGGACAUGCUUGCUCAGCUUGAUCAGGAGAUCUGGCUGCAUCAGAAUAAUUAUUGUCUCAUUAAUCAUCUUUCUAGCCAAGAAUACAUACUCAAGUCAAAUGUGAUGCUUGUGUCAUCUGUUUUGCUCCCUACAGUGGUCGUAGAAACAAAGUAGUCAAUUUUAACCUUUUAUAUGGAUCAAAUAGGGUACUAAAAGUAGCAGUAUGAAAUUUGACGAGCUGAGCCAAUUGACUUAAUACUUCUAUAGUUUUUCUGUCUAUGCCUUUCAUGUGUCUUUUAAUGUGUAUUGUAUUUUAAAGGCCUCUUUUUAUUUAUUUUUUUGGUGCACAAAGCAGGCUUGUGAGACUUAAGAUUUAAAAAAAUAAAAGAUUAGCCUUGAAGGAAUACAUCCUGAUGUUUAUACUAAAGACUAAUCAAGCUCUUGCUUUAAUUCCUAGUUGAGACGCUGUUAUAUCUGAUAAAGGAAAUUCAUUUUAUGAAGGUGAAAAUGUUGGUCCUUAAACCUGAAUUCAUCAGGGAGUUUGUCUGUGUUAGUCAAACUGUGAUGUGUUACUGUGUGGUCUAACAUUAUGUGUUUUCACUCUAUACUUAUGUCUUUCUGAGGUAAUAGACACAGUAGUUAGCCACCCGAUCCAGACUUAAAGGUGUGUAUCAGUAUCCAUGAUAGUCAUACAUCGUGGCAGUAGUUUUGGUAUUUAUUUCGGGUUGCAUUGCUCUAGACAGACUACAGUUAUUGUUUUGUAUUACGGAGUUAAGAGCUCUGUCACAAUACUGUGAUGCCAACCAUUCAUUAUUUUACAUUAAAACACAUUGCCACUUUGCCUGCACUUUAUUUUGCAGAUAAAGUGUAUGUUUUGUCAGCUAUUUUGUGUUGUUGUACAAUUCAGGCUGUUUUAAAUGAAUAAUCCUCAAAAAGCCAAAGUAACCCAGGAACAGAAUGGUAACGCAUCCUGCACCUCUACUUUAAAAAGUGCAAUACACUCAGACAGUCAUUCAUGUUGAGGUGGCUUUUUAUACUUUAAUUCAAUUUGCAUUAUAUUUUGACAGUCUUUGUUGUCAAAGGUUUGGAUUAUCUAAUGUUAUGUUGCAGGAUUCAGAUGUCAUAUUUACGAACAUUAUUUCUGUACUCAUGUGACUUGUGGACAGAUGUGAACUUCAUCACAAACACAAAACUUACUACUUAAACAUUAUUUUAUCUGUGAGCACUUUUAUUAACAUCUUUCGUAUAACAUGAACAAAAUAAUGUUAAAAACAAGACACAGGGUUUCAAAGGAUAAUUUAUAAUACGGUUGUUCGUUUAUUGAUUUGAUAAAGAUAUAUAACACCUCUGGUGAUUUCACUAAUCACCUUUUGUUACAGCUUGAGCAGUAAUGAGGAUCAUUAGUAUAUCUGUGAGGGUCCUGCUGUGCAGUAUAUUCUGUAGUAACUCAACUUAUCUCAGAUGGGUAAAAUAACAUAAUAGUUGUAGGGUUAAGGAAGAAUGGGGGAAACCUGGCUGUCAAACAGCUGAAUAAAGAUGUAGCUGCAACUCAACAGGGACAAUCACAGGCUUAUCUAUACUACAAUGAAUUUGUAUCAGUGUUUUUAAUUUUUCUGUGAACUGAACAUGUAUGGCAAGUCUUUUCUAGUUCAAUGUAAUGUGUACAUGUAUGCACUGAUGUGGUUGGAUGUGUGGUAUGCCUUUUGGUGUGUGUGUGUGUGUGUGUGUGUGUGUGUGUGUGUGUGUGUGUGUGUGUGUGUGUGUGUGUGUGUGUGUGUGUGUGUGUGUGUGUGUGUGUGUGUGUGUGUGAGUGAGAGGGACAGAGAGAAAAACAGUGAGCAAAGUUUGGUGUGCAUAAUCCAAGUAUGAAUGUUAUGUAUUUGUCUAUUGUAAGACUGCAUUGCCUGAUCUUUUCUGCUGUCUUUUGUUACUGUUUGUUAUAUAAAAAUAA